AUGGGACUAAUAACAUUUGGAAAUCGGAUGCACAUAGUGUCUGAUCCAGAAAACUGUUUCAAAUUCCUGCAGCCCGCCUGCUUAUUCGCCACCGCCCAGAGCGUGCCGCCGCCGUCGCUGAGCCCGGCCGGCCGCCAGCCCUCGCCGGCUAGCAAGGCGGCAGCAGCUGCGCCCAAGCCAGUCAAGCGGCAGCGCUCGUCCUCCCCGGAGCUGAUGCGAUGCAAGAGGCGGCUCAACUUCAGCGGCUUCGGCUACAGCCUCCCGCAGCAGCAGCCGGCGGCCGUGGCGCGGCGGAACGAGCGGGAGCGGAACCGGGUGAAGCUGGUGAAUCUGGGCUUCGCCACCCUCAGGGAGCACGUCCCCAACGGGGCGGCCAACAAGAAGAUGAGCAAAGUGGAGACGCUGCGCUCGGCCGUCGAGUACAUCCGCGCCCUGCAGCAGCUGCUGGACGAGCACGACGCCGUCAGCGCCGCCUUCCAGGCCGGGGUGCUGUCCCCCACCAUCUCGCCCGGCUACUCCCACGACAUGAACUCCAUGGCAGGCUCCCCCGUCUCCUCCUAUUCCUCCGACGACGGGUCCUACGACCCGCUGAGCCCCGAAGAGCAGGAGCUCCUGGACUUCACCAACUGGUUCUGAGCUCUGGCUGCAGCAGGACUGUUGCAAAAACAAAAUGCAUUUUCCCCCCCAGCGGAAGGGGAAAUACAUAGCACACGAGGAGCUUGUCUCUGCUCUCCAAGAACGCUGAAGCACUCACUGCCUUUGCACUCCGGUCAGUUUCACAAGACCAAGAUGGAUCUGAAAGCUGCGGGGACCAGGGCACGAUGAAGCAUGUGUCCUCAAAAACAUGUGUCAUCCUAUCCAUCUAAGGAAGAGCACUGCCUAGCCUCAACAUAGAGAGGGGCUCUUCCCCCACCCCGCACCCCCACUACAGUUGUAGCCCUUAAAGACUGGUGUUCAUUGCGCUAUGGUCACAGUUAGUUUCCUAACGUUUGUGGAGAUUUUGAAAUUAAACUAUGCUGUACUCAAAGAACCCUCUAAAGUCACCCCUCUCCCCAUCACUUUGACUUUUUCCUACCAUUUUCAUCAUCGAAUGCUUCCAAUCCUUUUUUUGUGAAUUUUUUAUUAUAAGAAAAUCUAUUUGUAUCUAUCCUAACCAGUUUGGGGAUAUAUUAAGCUAUUUUUGUACAUAAGAGAGAAAUUUAUAGAGGUUUUUUUGUACAAAUGGUUUAAAAUGUGUAUAUCUUGAGACUUUUUUUAAAAAAUAUGUAAUGCUUAUUACCUCUUGAUAUUUAGACAUGUAGUCAACAUUACCUUUACCUUACAACUGCCAUUUUUGUAUGUGGUUUUGUAAAGGACUUGGAAUUCCUCCAGAUGUACUUUAGCACCAACGUGUCUUACUUUAUAGAAACUUUGUUAAUGUAUUAAUAAUGUUUAUUAAACAAUGUUCAAAGUGAACAAAGUUUAUGCAGCUAUUGUCCAAACACCAAAAUGGUAGCCAUUUGUUUUUAUAUGCUGCCUUUUGAAAAAAAGAAAGAAAAAGGAAGAAAAAAGCCCUUAUA